ACGAAAAAAGAGGAAGAAAGAAAUUUAAAAGAAGAGAUUAAGGUUAUGUUGGAUGAACUGAAGAAGAAGAAACCAACGGACCAAACAGGUGCAAUACGUCCUUCGCAGUUGCCACCAAAUGAUAUUAAGAUACCAGUAAGUUCUUCAUGUCAGUUCUCACUUUAAUUUUGUAUAAUACUGUUGACCUGAUACAACCUACAACCACUCAAUCAACGUAUUAAGCGCAAUAGUUAAAUAGCGGAUUGCAGGAAUUAGUGUUCUGAGCCAAGCUUCGCGGUGCUGUUGAAAUAAGUUGAAGCUCUCAAUACUAUAAUACGAGGAGUUGUCGAGGCGGAAGAUCAGUUCACAUUUCAUCAAUUUAUUUUUCGAUUCGGCGAGAUGGCCUUGUAAGAAUUCCGAUUUUUUACAGACUUUCAUGAUUGCCACCAUCCAAUUUCAUGAAAAUUUUCUCCCUUUGUAGUGUAAAUAACAAAACAUCCUCCAAGCUGUUUGGGUUUCAUAUUUACCGUAAACAAUCGUAAAAUUUACAAAUUUAACAUUUUUUUCCUCUUUUUUGCAAUUUUUUUCUCCUUUUACACAAGCAAGAAAAAUUUUGCGCGAAAGUCGAAUGACAUUUUGGCUUCGUCUCAAAAUUAUUAUAAUGAAUGGUUAGAAGUAGUUCUCCAAAGAUUGACAUAAUAAAUAAUUAUGCAACGUCACGCGAAUAAUUUGAUACAGAUUCGCAUUCAUAAUGUUUUUUAGUAUUUAUAUAAGGCAAUAUGCGUGAUGUAGGACAAGAAGUUCAAUUACAGCUUUAUUGCAUUAUCUUCUGACAUCACACAAUUAAGAGUAUUUUUAACAGUACUAAUAUUUUAAUGCUCCUGUAACCGGUUUGUGGGAAAGAGGAACCAGAAACGCUUUGGUUAAUUAUACAGUCUCAUUGUACAUGCAAAACAGAAAAAAUGAUGGGAUUUAGAACAAAAUUUAAUUUAGAAGCAGAUGUGAUUUGGAACCAAAAAGGUUUUGUGAGUAUAUCACUGCUACCAAUUAGAUGAUUUUGAAAUCGCCAGUGAUUUCAAAAUGGAUUGUAAUGAAUAAUAGUUUGUUACUAGAUUGUCAACCGUAGAGAGACGGUUGCCUGGAGUCUGUUUGCCUUCUGCCUUCUCCCAUAAAAAUGCAAAUUCACCGAACACAACAUCUACAAGAAGACAAGUGAUACUUAAUAAUAUGGAAGUUUUAAAUGACGAGAAAACCAUUAUACAAAGGAUUGAGUACGUGUUGUACAAACUGAAAGAGAAGUCAACAGAAGCAGAGAAGGGGGUAGAAAACGUCCUUAGCAACUGCUACGGGAUAUUAAGAUAAAAGUAAUUCUCAGAGUCAUGCGUGCGAGGAGGUUGGAGAGCAGUCCGCAAAGGAUCGCGGGGCAAAUUGUCGGCGAGUUCAUUUUCAAAACCGCUAGUAGGGAUCUCUGUGUUCCAUGUCUUUUCGCUGAGUUUAGCUACAAUUGUGCUAAAUUCACAAUAAUUUGGAAUAUAACAAAUUUGUACUAUCUAAAUUUUUACAUUUUUCACUAAGAAGUGACCGAAUUGCCUUUUAAAACAGGUGAGUUAUCGUUGAAAGUUAGCUAGCGAAAGACUUCUCGUAUACAGAACGAGCUGUGCACUGAUAAUAUAUGGAGCAUGUCAUCCUAUAUGUGCGUUCACCUUUACAGAGAGCGAAAUGUAUAACAAAUAAACAACUAAUGACAGAUUAAAAUUCAGUUGAUGGUCAAUAGUGUAAUGGACUAGACGAAUGUUCCACAAUAUCCACAAUGAAAUAACGCGAUGGAUCGCUCCAAUUCAUUGGAUAUUUCGAUUCUUGAAGACUUUCAGCAAAGACCGAUUUCAUGACACAAAUAAAGUUAUAGAGCGAUUUUCGUAUGACCUUGAAUAAUGGUUUCGGUAAGUGUUCGUUAUUUUACUAAAGAUCAAAACAUGGCCUCUUCGUUUUCCCGCCAAAGGAAACCUUAAUAUCGAGAAGGCAUUGUUCGAUUGGCAAAUCGUUUUGCAGUAUGACGUCAAAGCGAAGUAUCAGUUGAAUUCUAGAAAGUUCUUCGGGCAUGAAGUUUUUUCACCCGAGCGUUCGCUUAACCAACCAAAGGCAACGCGCGUUUGUAUCCGUUCGAUAAACCAAAUCGCUCUAUUUCCGUUCGUUCGUUGUUUCUGUUUUCUUUGCGUGUUUUCUUUUCAAGGUCAUAUGAAAAUCGGUCUAUCCUUGAAUAAGGUGCACUCUAUAUUCAUACAACACAGCUUUAGCAAACGCAAGGGUCUGUCACUAGAUACUGGACCACUAUUAAAGUAUUGCUAUUCAUAAUCAAGUUGGGGAAAAAAAAAUAUCAAGAAAAUUAGUCAUAAAAAAAUUCCUUUACUUUUAUAAUUGUCAAUAUAUAAAUGGACUACUGCGUAGACCUUCUCCAUGCCUCCGUUAUGUCCUAGUUUUGUUUUGAAUUCAUCUGGGAGCAAGAAGCUCAAGAAUCUAGGUUUUCAAAAAAAACUACAGGAUCCCACCGGGAUUCCAAUUCUUUCCGUCUUUGCUGUUUGUAUUAUGACCCAUAAUUCAACAGUAAGGAGGAAGGAAACAGGCAUGACAUAACCCAGCCACGCUUUUAGCUUGGGAAAACGGGAAACCGCGUUCAAACCUGUCUUGCAACAAAUCAGCUUGUUUUGGUGCAAGGAACGUUUGAUUUGUGGGUACUACGACGCCCGACAUCACUUUUCAACUCGUUUUGCAACAAUGUUGCCGGUACCACCUCGGUGUCAGCAAUUCUGAACCAUUUGUCUUGAGGGCCAUCCCACAUAAUGGGGUGUGAAAGUGUAGCUCAGAGUCCACGUCCCUGUCACUUUCCCUGGUUGCCCGUUUUAAGGGCCAUAGGGGAGACUAGUCAGACUACAGUGUUACUAUAAUUAUGCACCCAUUGAAAUAAAGUGUCAUUCAUUCACGUCCAUAUACCUUAUUCAAGACUAAGCUAUACCCUAGUUCAGUGCUCAAAGGUUAUUUUUAGACAAAAUGGCCCUAAAAGCUUUUCCUUUGGCUCGGCACAUACCUGAAUAACUCGCACAAUGUAAAAAGGACAAUUUAUACUUCAUUUCUCUAGAUUUCUCUGGCUUCUUGUUUCUCAGGAUGUUGUAGUCCUUUUCUUAAUAGAGCACAUUGUAUCACUCUACAAUCGGCAAGAGACACGUUUUAUCGACUUAAAAUGGGAAAAAAUAAAGCUUCCCCUCCCUCAUCCCCUCCAUGCAAUGUUGUGACGCGUUCGAGCUACCUAUAGAAAACACCCAACACCACAGCUUUGAAGGAGGGGAAGGGGAGGGAUGUGGAUUGUUUUGUUCUCCGAAGUUACCCUAUUUCAGUACAAUGCCUCAACGAUUUUGUCGCAGAUUGUAGGUCUAAAGGGCAGUGAACAGUCAUUUUGUCUUUUAUAUUCACCUACAUUCACAAUCAAAAUUCAUCUUUUUUGCAUUUAGUUUGGUACGGACAAGGCUGGACAGGCCAAGAUUAAGGCAGUGAAUAGCUCAUUUAACCCCAAAGAAAUAAACAUUAUGGAAAAAAGAAGAGCAACAAACAACUUAACAGAGAAUGAGUCGGGCAAUAACAAUCCACAAGGUAAGGGUAAAAAAGAACAUGGAGAAUUUGAAGAUCUUAUAAAAUGUGGCUCUCGAGAAGGACUGAAAGGCAAGGUGUUAAAAGAAUUAGAAAGCCAAUUCGAGUGCGAAUUUCUUACAGCAGAAGUCGAUAUUUGGGGCUGGAGUGUACAAAGAUCAAACGCAAGGUUCUACAGUGGAGUAAUGGAUGCAGUCGCUAUUCGUGUAACUGGGCCUAAACCUGAAGUUUUGGUCGUUGAUUGGAAGACCACCGGUAAAACAGAUGUUUCAUAUUUAAGAACUUGGUGGGAUAAAGCUACGAACUUUAGUGUUCCUCUUUAUCAAUGUUUAGUGUACCGCGAGAUUUUGGCAAAGCAUUUAUCAAACGACCUUAACGUAAAAGUUGGCGUUAUGAUAGUACCCUAUCAUCAAUCGCAUCCGGAGCUGCUUAAGCCAGGGUUAUGCGUGGACUUCACGGAAAUGGAAGAGAAAGGGUUGCUAACGGGACUCAAAAAAUAUCGAUGGUGUUCCCAAGACUCUGAAGUUGUCUGCACUAUAAAGUUCCCCGAAUGUAAGCUAUUUAAAAAGCUAAAAAUCCUCACUGAACUUCAAUGUGUGGAUAAAAGCACUGAACUGUUAAAAGAUGGAGCUUUAUUGAAAGAUGUAAUCAGUGACGAUGCUACAAUUGGAGUCUUGCGUGAAGAGUUGGGCCUUCUGCAAUUAAAGGUGACUAAUGAAGUAGAAAAAGAAGGAGAAGAAGAAACAAGAGUAGAAGGAAGAGAUGGAGAAGAUGGAGUUAGUGGUGGUAAAGGAGGAAGAGGAAGAGAAAGAAGAGCAAACGAAGUAGGAAAUGGAGUGAGUAGAAGUGGUGGAGAAGGAGGAAGAUUAGGGUUAGAGUUGAUAGGGUUAGGGAUGGUAGGGUUAGGGUUAGGGUUGUUAGGGUUGUUAGGGUUAGGGAUAGAGUUAGGGUUAGUGUUAGAAUCAGGGUUAGGGUAGGCGGGGAUACGGGUAGGGUCAGGGUUAGGAUAAGAGUUAGGUAUAGGGGUAGGGUUAAUAGCAUUAGGGUUAGGACUAGGUUUAGGUUAGAAGACAACGAGAUAGAGAAGGAGAAGAAGUAGGAGGUGGAGAUGGUGGUGGUUGCGGAGGAAGAGAAAGAAGAGUAAAAGGAGAUGGAGACUGGACUUUCACAGUUUUCUACUGCGUCUCAAUAACAAGAUUGAUUUUCUUUGCACCAUAGCUUUUAGAUCUAACCGCUUAUCGCAAUUUAAAAAAACAUGGGCCAAGCUUCUUUAGAUAUGUGAAUGUAAUACUUAUUCCUUUAAGGUGCACUUUACUGCUGUACUGUUUCACUUAUCGGGUUUGCGUCUUUUUCCUUAAUUUAGUUUCUUUCCGUUACAAAUUUAGUUUUUUUUUUCUAUAUAUAUAUUAUUUUAACCCCGCUGUGAAAGUAUAUUAUAGUUUUGAAUAGUUAAAAGAACACGUAUUUUUAAUUAUUAUUAUUUUUUUGUAAAUAAAUAAAUAAAAUAAAAUAAUAGAAAGAGGACAUAAAAUAAUAGAAAGAGGACGACAAUGAGGUAGAGAAUGAGAGAAAGGAGAUUGUGGUGGUUGCGCAGGGAGAGGUGGGGAGGAGGAAGAGGAUUGAGAAAAAGAUGAAGAGGGGGACAUGUAGAAGGUGGUGAUGGUGGUGGAGGACGAGAAAGAACAGUACAAGAAAAAGAAGAUGGAGGAAGUUGUAGUGGAAGGAGAAGGAUGA